AAACCUGCUCAGGAGCUUGUUGGUUAUUUAGAGGCGCCGCCGCGAGCACUCCGCACCCACCCUUCAACCCUAGCAGCCCAGGAGAUGGCGAUGCGAUCAGCGCUGACCUCCCUCCCCGCGCGUCUCCGCUCCCCGCCGGCCUCCGCGGCGAGCGGCGGCGGGCGCCUCCUCAGCAGCAGCGACGGGAAGGGCCGGGUGCUCAGCGAGGAGGAGCGCGCCAAGGAGAGCGUCUACAUCCAGAAGAUGGAGAGGGAGCGGCAGGAGAAGCUCAAGAAGAAGCUCGGGCAGGAGAAGGCCGACGCCGACAAGACCAAGACCGACACCUCUGACAAGAAACCCGAAGGAUCUAACUAAGAUUGACCUUGUGCUGCCUGAAGGCAAGCCCGUUUCAGAGCCUCCGAUGGACAGCUAUGUUUAUACAUGUCCAGAGAUGGAAGAAUAAAUUCACUAAAACAUUAGUGACACUACUUCCGGCUGCUGUGUUGUUUUCGGCUGUCUCGCACUUGUCAAGACAUCAUCCCUAUUUGCUGUUGAACCUUAUUUCA